AGAGCAACAGAGAUAUGCCCAAGAGGCCGUGGGAUACGGCUCGAGAAGUUCCCGACAUUGAAGAUAUACAGACGCCAUGGAAGAUGAUAAAAAUUCUGAAGUUCAUCACUCUGUGUGUCGUCGCUUUGUCUGUGUUUGGCUUGGCGCUGUGUAGCAAGGCUUCCUUCCUCCUCCUCAUCACCUUGUCCAAUGAAGGCACAAAAACCCUCCCAGAUGUCAUGAAACCCGUCGCUCUGCUUUGUAUCGGCUGCGCUCUUAUAACUCCCAGCGUCUUGCUAUUUCUUAAAAGUCUCUGGAAGGCUUGCUGUCAAACAUCAAAGCCGCCAAGACUAUCAACUGUUGCCCUGGUUCUGGUCUGUGAGUUAUUUGUGGCUGGGGGUGCUGCGAUUCUCACUAUCGUGGCAAUGCCACACUUGGACAUUGUGACCAACGUGACGAUCCUGAACGGGCUAGCCGUCUUCUCUGCAUUCUUACAGAUUAUCACUCAGUGCACUGCCAAAGAAAGGAACAAGUCCCUAGUCCCAUCCAUCACAGCUGUCAUCCUCAUUCUGCUUGGUUACAUCCUCUUCCUCUACUUGUACAUCACAAAGGAUCCUACUGAUAAAAAGAUGGCCAUUUGGGUGGGUCUGGCUGUUGGUGGGUCCUUACUGGUGUCUUUCAACUGGUGGGAGGGCUACUUGAGACUGAUCAGCGAGAACAGCAACUCCGUCUUCCUCAGGUUGCUGUUUAGAGACACGAAGAAGUGCCAGAACUUACUGAACAUCCUCUCCAGCCUGCUCAGGAUCGUGGUGACUGCCUCUGUGCUCGUUGCCUAUGUCCCUUUAAACAAAAUGGACUGGAGUAUUGUGAAAUCAAUCCCGAGUCAUGAGACAAAGAUUAUAGCCAUCAUCAUUGGGGUCCAGCUGAUCUCCUCUGCACUCUGCCACUGGUUCGCUCUGGUAGCCUGCAAGAUGCAUGCCCUGCGACGAUGCUUCAUCCUGCCUCUGUACUUGGCCUCUUUGGCUGUCAUGGUUCUGUUCAUCAUCCCGGUUAUUGUUUACUAUCAAGACUAUAAAUCCGAUCUGAACGGCACUGAAAUCAACUUCACAGGCUACUGCAUUGGUGUUGUAGAUGGCAGAAACCAAAACCUGACAGGCAGUGUGUUCCAACAUCUGGUUUAUGAUGUUACACACACUCUGUGCUUCCUGGACAUGUCCAAGAUACUUGACAUUGGCAUACUGACAGGUUCAGCAGUGUCCUGGUGGCUUGGCCUUGUCAUGGCCACUAUCCAUCUGUGGCACCUCAAGGUGUUACGAAUCCAGAGGACCCAAGACCUGCUCACCAGGAGACUUUAUGAAGGGACUUUCAUCGAGCAGUCCUUGCUCCUCAACACCCGAUACGACGCCCAGAUCAAAAGCAGAAUGAAGAUUUCGGAGGCCUUUGAUACGACGAUGGUGUAUCUAUGUGCGACUAUGUGGCACGAAAACUACGAUGAGAUGAUGAACAUCAUUAUCUCAAUUUUCAGACUGGACAAGUAUAGACCAAAGAAGGGGCAACAGCAUAUUGAUUUAACCUUUGAAGCCCAUAUCUACUUUGAUGAUGCAUUCGAAAAUGUGGAGGGGAAUCGGGGGCGUCACCUCAACAAAUACGGUCAGACCCUUGUGGAAAUCCUUGCAGAAGUUUACACCAUCUUUACCAGCAUCGAUCAGGGUUUCUUCAAAAAGACUCAAAAAAUUCCGGAUCAGAAGAUCUUAACUACGCCGUAUGGGGGUCGUCUGGUUGUCACUAUGCCUCAUGGGAACAUUAUCACGGUUCACUAUAAAGACAAAGAACUCAUCCGCCACAAAAAGAGAUGGUCUCAGAUCAUGUACCUUUACUAUCUUCUGGGCUUUAAACUUAUGACCAAACAUUAUGGAAAAUGGGAGAAGGGAGAGGACGAGAGCAGUUUGAGAGCACAUGUUGAGAAAGAGAAACGCAACACCUACCUCCUGGCUUUAGAUGGGGACACCGACUUCCAACCGGCUGCUGUGAUGCUGCUCAUUGAUCGUCUAAAAAUGUACCCACGUGUCGGAGCAGCCUGUGGCAGGAUUCACCCCACUGGAUCAGGUCCUGCAGUGUGGUUCCAGAAAUUUGAGUACGCUAUCAGUCAUUGGCUACAGAAGACAGCGGAGCACGUGAUUGGCUGUGUGCUAUGCAGCCCCGGUUGUUUCAGUCUGUUCAGAGCAGAGGCGCUGAUGGAUGACAACGUGAUGAAGAAAUACUCCACCAAGUCCAUGGAGGCGAGCAACUACAUCCAGUACGACCAAGGUGAGGACCGCUGGCUGUGUACUCUGCUGCUGAAACAGGGAUGGAGAGUGGAGUACAACGCAGCUUCUGAUGCCUACACCAACGCACCUGAAGACUUUAAAGAACUCUACAACCAGCGUAGGCGAUGGGGACCGUCCACAAUGGCCAACGUGGUGGAUCUGCUGGGAGCUACAAAUGUAAUUUCCAAGAAAAACCCGUCCAUUUCCAAACUCUUCAUGUUUUACCAGCUCUUUGCCCUCGUCUCAUCAAUCUUGGCCCCUGCUACCAUUUGCCUUAUGAUUGCAGGUACUUUUACCUUCAUGUUUGAAAUACAGGGCAGCGCUUCCCUGGUUCUGGGUGUGAUACCUCCUUUAAUCUACCUGAUUCUUUGCUUCAAACUGAAAUCGGACACUCAGAUCAGUAUUGCAGCAGUCAUGAGUGUCAUAUAUGCAUUCCUCAUGUUGGUGGUGUCAAUGACAAUUAUUGGUGCGAUGGUGAGGGACAAAACCAUCCUGACCCCCAGCAGCCUUUUCAUUGUUGCCAUGGCAAUCAUCUACCAGGGAUUCUUGAGACAAGGGACAAAAUGGGUUUUUAAUUUCUAAAAAUAAAAUGUUGAUUUUUCCAAAAUAUAUCUAUAUAUUAUAUUUGUCCCAGGUGCUGGCCUUUUGAUGCUGUUGAAAUACAAUCUCCCAGGUUUAACAUUUUAAACAUUUUUUUCAUGUUUGCUGGACAAGCCUGGGAUUUUGUCAACACCGUAAGACACAAAGAAACAUAGAAAUAUGUAUUUUGAAUAAACUUAUUGCAGUUA